AUGGCCGACCAAACUGUCAGUGUCAUUAGUGCUGAGGUUCCUGAUCCUGAAACGGACCCUGAUCUAUUUGAAAUUGUUAAAUCUACAAUGAUUCACGGCCCUUGUGGAAACUUGAACAGGAACUCGCCUUGCAUGGUUAAUGGCACAUGCUCCAAAAGGUACCCGCGUCCCUUGUGCAAAGAAACACAAACUGCUGACGAUGGCUACCCCCAGUACCGCCGAAGGUCCCCUGCUGGUGGUGGUUUUCCAGUCAACAUAAACGGGGUAGACCUAGACAGUCGGUGGGUUGUGCCGUAUAAUCCUGUUCUGACACGUACCUUUCUAGCACAUAUUAACGUCGAGCUGUGUAAUUCUGUCAAGUCUAUAAAGUACAUUUGCAAAUAUGUAAACAAGGGCAGUGAUCAAGCCACUUUUGUUUUGGAAAAUGAGAGAGAUAAAGUGUCCAGUUAUGAAGCAGGCCGGUACAUCAGAAGUUCUGAAGCGGCAAGGCGUAUAUUUUGCUUCACAAUCCAUGAGCGAUAUCCUCUCGUAAUGCAUUUAGCUGUACACCUUGAAAAUGGUGAGAGAAUUUAUUUUAAUCCCGAAAACGCUUAA